GCCACACUAUAAUAAAUAAAUAAAACCAAUAAUGUUAUUUUAAAUUUGUUUUUAAAAAUCAGUAAACUUUGUUUAAUCUUGCUGGUAAAUUUAAUCAAAGAAUUGGAUUAAUCAAAAAUAAAAUUUGUUAUAAACUGAGAAAAUCUUGAUAAAAAUGGUAAUCUUUAAUGCAUCUAAGUGUUUUAUUAAGUUUGGACAAAGGUUUCCAUGUUAUGGGUCCCGGUCACUUCAAUCUAGUUCAAUAUCCCAUAAUUAUGCUGAUGUUAUAAUUGUUGGUGGUGGUAUGGUGGGUACUUCUAUUGCAUGUGCACUAGGUCAGUCUCCGUAUUUUCAAAAUAAGCGUGUUUUGUUACUGGAGUCUGCACCUGAUUCUUCAGUUAUAGAUACAAAGAAUUCAAUGUAUUCUAAUCGUGUAUCUGCUAUUUCCCCAGGAUCAAGAAAUUUUUUAGAAGGUAUUGGUGUUUGGGAUGAAAUUGAAAAGAGAAGAUAUUGGAGUUUUGAUAAAAUGCAGGUAUGGGAUGCAUGUUCACCUGGAGCUAUAUCAUUCAAUUCUCAUGAUAUUGGUUCAGAUGAUGUUGCGUAUAUCAUUGAAAACACUGUUAUUGUUGAGAGUUGUUUAGCAAGAGCAAAACAAUUAAAUUCAGUAAUUGAUAUAUGCUUUGGGAGUAAAGUUGAUAAUAUCCAUUUUCCAUCAAAUGAGACAGAAGCUAGUGAUGAACUUAUUUCACUUAGCUUACCAAAUGGAAGCACCUACAAAACAAAACUUCUUUUGGGUGUAGAUGGAUCUAAUUCUUUUGUGCGAAAAGCUGCUCAUAUUGGUACUGUCAAUUAUGAUUAUAAACAAUGGGCUCUUGUCUCGACCUUGCAUAUUGAGCAUACUGAAAAUAAAACUGCUUGGCAACGCUUUCUUCCUACGGGACCAAUAGCACUAUUACCAUUAAACAAUUAUUUCAGCAGCUUAGUUUGGUCUUCUACUAAAGAUCAUUGUCAAGAAUUAAUGAGCAUGACUGAUGAAGCUUUUGUUCGUAGCAUAAAUGAGGCAUUUUUGUCACAAAAUUCAAAUAAAGUUACAGAAAAUACUGCAUGGUUUUUUCGCUCAGCUUUGUCUAUAAUGCAACCUGGUCGCUAUGCUUCUAUUAAACGAAUAUCGCCCCCUCAAGUUAUCCAAAUGGUUAAAAAUAGUCGUGAAAUGUUUCCUUUGUUUUUAACUCAUAGCCCUAUCUAUGUAAAAACUCGACUAGCUUUAGUUGGAGAUGCUGCACAUCGAGUUCAUCCAAUGGCAGGGCAAGGGGUAAAUUUAGGAUUUGCAGAUGUUUUAUGUUUGGUUCGUGUUUUGGAAGAUACAAUGGCUUGUGGUGGAGACUACGGUACUUUAGAAAAUUUAUUACCAUAUGAAACUCAAAGACAGCGUCAUGUCUUGCCAGUUAUGCUUACAAUUCAUUCUUUAAAUCAUUUAUUUUCUACAAGCAACCUUCCUCUAGUGCUAGCAAGAUCAUUUGGGUUGCAUGUUACAGAUUCUUUAUCAGCUGUUAAGAAUUUCAUUUCAAGACAAGCAAUGGGCUGAUACUU